AUGGAUGAGUUCGCAGAUUUCGAAAUAAAUCAGGGAGAUUUAUCACAAAUAGAAAAAUUAGAAUUCACCUUGUUUAAUAAUAGUUUCCAUGUAAGCUCGGAAGAAGAAGAUAUAAAUAUCCAUCCAGUUACUCGUAAACGUCGUCAUAUUAUGGUGAUAGACAGUGAAGAGAGUGAUGCGGAAGAACAUGCAGUUCCAGAUACCUCGGGAAACACUACGCCGUUUACACGUACAUGGGUACUACCAACAGGUAACCAGCGUCGAAUUAUACCUUUCACAGAAAAUCCUGGUUUGCCUACUAAUCUCCGCUUAGCAAUGACUAACAAAUCGUCUGCUGAUUUUUACUCUCUUUUAGUUCCCGAUGAUGUUUUUAUGCAGAUAGUUGAAGACACAAAUCAGUUUGCUAUUGAUAGAAGCACCGGGCGCGUGGCUUCAAAAGCAGCGAGAAUCCGUAACUGGUCUCCUUCUAACGUGCAUGAGAUGAAACGCUUUUUUGCAUUGAUCUUCCUAAGGUUUCCGAUUAUUGGUCAAAAAAUGAAAUAA